AUGUCUAAAGAGGCCGAAAAAUUUAAAUUGCCAAUGAGAUACGCCGGUGCAGAGCCGAGUGUUUGGACCGAAUUUAUUCAAAUGGCCAUCGAUUACAAGCCGCUCAAUUUGGGACAAGGUUUUCCAGAUUAUCCUCCGCCCGAAUACAUAACAGACACUUUAGCCCAAGUGGCUGUAGACCCUAAUCCGUUGCUUCACCAAUUCACUAGGGGAUUCGGACACCCUAGACUAGUAAAAGCUUUGUCAAAGUUGUACUCGAGCUUAAUAGGCAGGCAAAUUAACGAAAGAACCGAAAUUCUCACCACUAGCGGGGCCUACGAGGCCCUCUUUUCUGCUAUAUCAGGCCACACGGAUGUCGGCGACGAAGUUGUAGUGAUAGAGCCUUUUUUCGAUUGCUACGAGCCUAUGAUAACUUACGCCGGAGGUAUACCUAGAUAUGUACCUCUAAGAUUAAAAGAAGUCACUGGUAGAUUACCCACUUCGGCUGACUGGGUUUGGGAUAAAGACGAGCUGGAGAACGCUUUCAACGAAAAAACUAAAAUGAUUAUAGUAAACACGCCCAACAAUCCUUUGGGCAAAGUCCUUUCCAUGGAGGAACUGACCCAAAUAGCAAACCUCUGCAAAAAGUGGAACGUGCUUUGCUUAUCAGAUGAAGUGUACGAGUGGUUGGUGUACAAACCUCACAAGCACAUCAGGAUGGCAACAUUGCCGGGAAUGUGGGAUAGGACCAUUACCGUUGGAUCAGCAGGAAAGACGUUCAGUGUGACGGGAUGGAAAGUCGGUUGGGCUUAUUGCCCGGCUAAUCUAAUGAAAAAUCUCCAAAUGGUGCACCAAAAUUGCGUUUAUUCGGGUGUUACGCCUAUUCAGGAAAGCGUGGCUAUUGCUUUUGAAAAGGAAAUGGAUCGCAUGGACAGCGAUGAGUGUUUUUUCAAUUCUUUGGUGAGAGACUUAGAGGCGAAACGGGAUUAUAUGAUUAAAAUUCUACAGGAUGUUGGAAUGGUGCCCACGGUACCUGAUGGUGGUUACUUUGUGCUAGCCGAUUGGUCUGCUCUCGAAUCGAAAGUGGAUUUUAAUUCCGAAACGGAUAAAUACAGAGAUUACAGAUUUACGAAGUGGAUGUCGAAAAAAGUGGGUCUUCAAGGCAUUCCUCCCACAGUGUUUUACAGCAGCCCCAAUAAACAUUGCGUGGAAAAUUUUGUUAGAUACUGUUUUAUAAAGGAUAACGAAACACUACGACAAGCCGAGGAGAUACUACAAAGGUGGAAAAAUACAGGAAAGAGUAUGAAAAACUCAUGA